GAGGGCUGGCGACGAGCAGGGGGGCGCCAACUUCGUAGGCAACUUAAGGGGCUCCAGCGCCGCGCGGGCAAGGACGGUGGAGACAGACGCGGGACACCCGAGACAGUAGAAGCCUGCAAGGAACCCGGCAAAGGCCAAGAACCAGGGCCGAGGCUAGGUUUGACCAGAGCGCGGGGAGCUGGAAAGGACACAGAGCUCUCGGAGAGCUGUAGCAGUUGGCGAGCUGGUCCCUGCUGGGUACCUGCUGCGCGCAUCUGCCUACUACCGACCCAUUAGGGUGAGUCUCCCCAGGCCCUCUGCUUCCCACUUUCUUUCCCUUUCCUGGUAGCUCCUAACACUCCAUUCCCUGACCUCUGACAAUCAGUGGGCUUCUGGGGUGACAGGAUUUCCCCAAACGCUGACCCCCCCACACACACCACGGCUUGGUUCCCCUCGGCUCUGAGGGCUCCAAAAGCAGAGUGGGAGGAAGAGGCUACGGUAGAGCCUGCGCUCCGGUGCCUGGGCCCCGGAAGCACCCUUUGGCAGCUGUGGUCUCCUGGGGCUGCAACCAGGAUCCCCGACGGCUGAGAGGAGACGCCUGAGCCUCUAGCUGCCGAAGGCGUUUUGUGCUUGGACUAGGUGAGCAGGGGGAGCUCCGACUAUCUAAGACGAAGGCACCUAGCAGGCGGCAAAUCUCCCAAGGGCUGAUUUGGCGACUCUUCAAAGGUCCUGCUGGGCGACAGGCAGAACUUCCCGCUGGGUCGGACACUGACCCCAUUUGCUCACUGUGUUUUCCAGCCCUCCCUUCCCAAUGAGACAUCUGGUAUAGCAUCCUCAGUCUUCAGAUGGUGGCCCAGUCCUGGCCCCAUAAGCAACCCCCACCCCUGGCCACAAGAAAAUUUGGCGAAUAUGCCAUGCUACUGGCUCUUUUGAACAAGUCCAGUGUCUGCCUCUGAGCUAGUUUCUAAACUUGUCAAGAAUAAAAACGUGAAAGAGACAGGUCGGCAGGAAACCGGCCGCCUGGGGGUCCACUCUGGAAGGCCACCUGGAUUGGGUCCUGAUCCACCGACCCGCCUGCCAGGCUAACUCGACCAUCCCCUGCCCAAGGACUUGAGAUCCAGGCCUAACUUGGGGCAGUGGUCUGAAGGCCUAGAGCUGGGGCUAGGGUUGUGGGGAAAAGUUCAGGGGGCAGUGGCCAGGUUGGGGGCGCAGAGUGCGUGGUGCUCGAUUUGGCCGCCAGGAGGCGUGGCGCGGGUCCCCGCGCCCGGAGUCACCGCCACUGCCGCCGCAUCGCGAGUGUCCUUGAGCGGCGAGUGAUGGUGGCUCUUCGGUGCUCGCGCCCCCUCCUCCCGCAGGGGCAGCCAGAUGCCACGUUCCCUAUGAAUUAUUUAUCGCCGGCCUAAAAAUACCCCGAACUUCACAGCCCCAGAGUAAGAUUCCUACAAGAGGAGGGGGCGGGGCGACCCUGGGGGCUGAGGGGAGGAUCAGGCGGGAGAGGGCAGGAGUAUUGGAAAAGGCAGAACUCUGAGACCCCACCAAUGUGGACGACAGAGGGACUAUGUCUUUCCAGAUGCCUGGGGUGUUAGUGGGGUAGAGAAGGAAGAGACAAGGGUUAGAGGUGGGUCGUCACGGCGAAGGUCCCUCACUCGCAAGAGUCAUCAGCCUAGCUGGAUGAUACAAGCUUUGGUACCAGAGCUUCUGGGCCUUGGAGUGGGGGCGCCAUUAGUGUUCCAGGUUAGUGAGUGUGUAUGUGUAUGCACGGCCUUGUCAAGGAGUCUGCGUGUGACUGGGGGUUGGUGGAAGCAGAAGAAAAGGUCCCUGAACAUGUAAGAUUGAUAGAACCUUUUAAGGGGUGCAGAAUGUCCGAAACAAGUAGUCACUCACUGCCAACCUCUCCUCUGUAUUUGGGGACCAGGUGUUCAGCAAACACUCUUUUAAAGACCCUUUGGGAGAGAGUGUCUUCAGAGAUACACAAAAGCUCAGUCAUGGUGGGGGGGCCUGAGGAGGACCGUCUCCCAGCUCCACACCCUGCAAGGAAAGAGUAAUGGGACCCUAACCCUGUUCCCUCCCCUCCCCGCCCCGGGGCCCAGCACUGAUGAAUCAAGAUUAGGGGCAGGAGCCUACAGAAGAGGGGACUCGGAUUGUUUGUUAGGAGCAAAGGAAGGAGAUAAAAACAGCUUACCACUAGAUUAGCAGGGGUGAGUAUCCAAGAAGGAGAAGACAGUGGGAUUGGGUUAGGUUGUUGGACAUUGGUAGUUUAUUUGUGGGCACCAGAGAGUUCUCCCAUUUGACCCUUGUCACAGGGUCCAGGCGGAAGUUGUGGCAGUUAGGAGGCAGGAAGCAGAUGGGAAGGAGAGGUUGGGGGCCAGGGACAUGGGAUGGGAAGUAUGCCAUCUUGUGAGGAGAUGCCCUGUCACAUGGCUUUGUAAGCUCAGGGACCUGCUGACUUUCAACCUGCCUCAACUUUCCCCACUCCAGCCUGUACAGAGGAGGGCAUUUUCACAGAGGAGGGAAUCUGCCGAGGACCACAGCCUCCCAUCAGAGCUGGGAGAGAACCUGGGCCCUUCCCCCAGACUCUCAUUGUCUGGAGGAAAUAAAAUAGGACACUCAUGUGUGACUUUAAAUUUGCAGGUACCGAUGACAUUAAUAAAAGAGAAAAGACCCAGGUGUGAUGCUCACACAUCUUUAAUCUCAGUGCUUGGGACGCAGAGGCAGCCAGGUCUCUGUGAGUUCUGGUCUGCGUAGUGAGUUCCAGGCCAGCAGAGGCCACAUAUACUGAAACCCUGCCUCAAAAUAAAUAAAUGAGUAAAUAAAAUAAAUAAAUAAAAUGGAAAAAGAAACAGAUCAAUUUCAAAUAGUAUAGUCUCUAUUUGUUUAUUGGUUUUCUUUUGUUUUUGUUUAGAGACAGGGUUUCUCUGUUGUGGCCCUGGCUGCCCUGAAAUUCUCACUCCAUAAACCAAGCUGGUCUCAAACUCAGAGACCCUUCUGCCUCUGCCUCCCGAGUGCUGGGAAUUAAAGACGUGCACUACCAUGCCUGGUUUAAUAGUAUAGUUUAAUUCAACACAUUCCCAAAAUACUAUUUUAACAUAUAGUGAAUAUAAAAAUAUCAAUGAAAAGAGUUGGGAAGUAGGCUUAGUGGAUAAAGAGUUUUCCAAAUAAAUGGUGAGGAUCAGAGUUUGGAUCCCCAGAGUUCAUGUAAGUGCUAGAUGGGCACUGGAUUCUGCUCUUCUGGGUUCAAAGGAAAGACUCUGCCUUGAUGAAUGAGGUGGGGCAUCGACUUCUGAUGGCUUAGGACUCUAUUCACACACACACACACACACACACACACACACACAGAUUAAUCAGGUAGGCUACACACUUACACACUUUGCACACCAUCUCCGAUAUCCAGCGUGCCUGUGUUGACCACGUACCUCCCUUUAGUGACAAGCAUACUGGAUGCGCACACAGGCCUUCAAAGGAGCAGUGAGCAUGACAGUGCCUGUCACUGUCAUGCUUGGAGAUUGUACAGUCCACGCCGCAUGGUGUGAUGUGACUUGGGAUCUCAUCCAAGACCCAAUUAUGCCUCCAAGCUGCCAUUCACCGACACGGGGAGAUCUCACAGGUUUUAGUAAAUCUAUGGCUUUCCUUUCCCGGCCGCCAAUCCCUCCUUAGACUGAACUUCUACCAACUUCUGACACUUGAGCUCAAAGCCCUGACCUGUUCAAUUUCAUCUCACCUGUCAAUGAUAACACUGUCAGCUCUGAUCAGCUCCUUGCGCCUCUGUGAACAAGUGCUAGAUCCUUAGCUAGGAGCAGGCGUCCAGGGAGGGGAGUAGCGAGGCCAGGGUCUGAUGGAAGUAAGGUUAGAGAGAGGAGGUGGGCGGAGCUUAGAACAGUCUGCUGGUUCUUCAGCUUCUACUCUGAGAUCCAGGGGAGCAGGGACCACGUCUGUCUACCUCGUGUUACAUCUUACCAUCCGGCAACUCACUCCAGAGGAAGGUGAUCUGUACACAUGCGUACCGAGUCACACUUCGUAACUGGAAAGUUCCCUUUUGUGAUCGCCUUCAGAGCUGUCUUUUCAGCCUAGAGGAGAGGUUUCCAUUCACGCACACUCCCUGAGAACCCCUUAGAGAGAACUGGAUAGUCCAGAGGGAAGCCUUUGUGGCAUGUCCCAUGAGAAAUUAGGCUUUGGGCAAAAGGGAGAGAUGUCGCAGUCUGCAAAGCAGAGGAAAGAAAGGUCUGGAAGAAGCCAGGGCUAUUCUGUGAGUUUCCAGGCUCCAGCUCUGGAAGGUACCAAGUGCAUCCUGGGUAGCCUGCUUGGGUCUAAUCUGCAUCUCUGUGGCAAAGGAGUGCAAAUUUCCUGCCAGGGGACUGGAGUGGCAGGUCCUCUCAGACCCUUCUUCAACACCCUGGUUAGUUUUGUUGUGGGUGGAGCAGCAUCCGUCCGCAGGUGCACAAGGUCAUGUUUCUCUCACCUGCUUGGCUCUUGGUCUUGAUCAAGAAUGAAUCUGUGUAGCAGACAUGCUCUGCCCCUUUGGUUAGGUGUAAAAAAGAUUCUACACACCAGCAAUGGGACGGGAGAUAGUGGAUAUAAAUUGGAUAGCUCAGGGCUUUGGAUGUCCUGAACCCAAGCGAGUCGUCCUUGGCCACCCUGCUUUAGAGGGCUGUCCUAAAUGAGCUGGCUGAGGGGAAAGAGACAAAGACAUACAAGUUCUGGAGGAGAGGAUCCACCGGGCAGAGCCACACAGCAGAGAGCCAGGGGCUGUCCGUGGGGAGCAGUAGUCAUUCUGAUGAGGGAUAGAUGCAAGAUUCAGUUCGGUUGUAGCGUGGACUGAGCUGUGGGUGUGCUAAGGGGCUGCCUUUCUUCAUCUGGCAAAGAGGCUGUCACCUACAAGGUAAAAUUUGCUAAUGGCAGUGAAUAGCUGGAUCUCUUGUUUUGGAAGUUCAGAAAGGCAAAGCGACUUCUCAAAUCACCCAGCUGAGGCUGGAGAGAUACUCAGGCAUUGCAGAGAUCCAUUCCCAGUCCCCACAUCGGCAGCUCGCAACUCCCUGUAACUAUAGCUCCAGGGGAUCUGACUCCACAGCUACCCAUACACGUACACACACACAUACAUCACACGUAUGCACAGACCCCUGUACACACACACAUACAUCUUCACAUAAUUUUGAAAUACAUCUUUUUUAUUUGUUUUAGAGAUCACACAGCUAGUAAGCGGCACACCUGACUUGAACUCAGCUCCGUGCCCUCAGCUCAGUGCUCCCGAACAACACACUGACAUUUCAGAGUCUUUGUUAGGGUAGAACCCAGAUAACUGGGUUUGGGGACCGUGACCUUUCUAGCCCUUCAUAGAUAAGGGUGACAAACCUUGUCCUGGCUUCUGUUCUUCCUCGUUCUUGCAUCUCCAAGGUGCCCUGGGGAUGCUCUGCUUAGCUAACCUGUCUUCUUUUUCUGUGUCUGUCUGUUUCUGUCUGCCUCUGCCUCUCCUGUGUAGGAAGGUUCUCUGUACUCUGGCUGUCUGUGUGUUCUCUGGCCCUUACCUUCUGUUUGUCCAUCUACCUCUCUCUGUGCCUGCUCUGAUUUCUCUGCAGGACCCUCCAGUGGACAUGGGUGGAGCCCUGGGGCCCGCCCUGCUUCUCACUUCACUCCUUGGUGCUUGGGCAGGGCUGGGCGCAGGGCAGGGAGAACAGGCCGUGACCGUGGCGGUGGUGUUUGGCAGCUCUGGGCCACUGCAGGCCCAGGCCCGGACUCGUCUCACCCCGCAGAACUUCCUGGACUUGCCUCUGGAGAUCCAGCCACUCACCAUCGGGGUCAACAAUACCAACCCCAGCAGCAUCCUCACCCAAAUCUGUGGGCUCCUGGGUGCCGCCCGAGUCCACGGCAUCGUCUUUGAGGACAACGUGGACACUGAGGCCGUGGCUCAGCUGCUGGAUUUCGUCUCCUCUCAGACCCACGUGCCCAUCCUCAGCAUCAGUGGAGGUUCUGCUGUGGUCCUCACCCCCAAGGAGCCAGGCUCCGCCUUUCUACAGCUGGGCGUGUCCCUGGAGCAGCAGCUGCAGGUGCUGUUCAAGGUGCUGGAGGAAUACGACUGGAGCGCGUUCGCUGUCAUCACCAGCCUGCACCCGGGCCACGCGCUCUUCCUCGAGGGCGUGCGCGCCGUCGCCGACGCCAGCUACCUGAGCUGGCGGCUGCUGGACGUGCUCACGCUGGAGCUGGGCCCCGGUGGGCCGCGAGCGCGCACUCAGCGCUUACUGCGCCAGGUCGACGCCCCGGUGCUGGUGGCCUACUGCUCCCGUGAAGAGGCGGAGGUGCUCUUCGCGGAGGCUGCACAGGCUGGCUUGGUGGGACCCGGUCACGUGUGGUUAGUACCUAAUCUGGCGCUGGGAAGCACCGACGCUCCCCCUGCAGCCUUCCCAGUGGGCCUCAUCAGUGUGGUCACCGAGAGUUGGCGCCUUAGCCUACGCCAGAAAGUCCGCGACGGUGUAGCCAUUCUGGCCCUCGGUGCCCACAGCUACCGACGCCAGUACGGUACCCUUCCAGCCCCGGCUGGAGACUGCCGAAGCCACCCAGGACCCGUCAGCCCUGCCAGGGAGGCUUUCUACAGGCAUCUGCUGAAUGUCACCUGGGAAGGCCGAGACUUCUCUUUUAGCCCUGGUGGGUACCUGGUCCAGCCCACAAUGGUUGUGAUCGCUCUCAACCGGCAUCGCCUCUGGGAGAUGGUGGGACGGUGGGAUCAUGGGGUCCUGUACAUGAAGUAUCCAGUAUGGCCUCGCUACAGCACUUCUCUGCAGCCUGUGGUGGACAGCCGGCACCUGACAGUGGCCACACUGGAAGAAAGGCCUUUUGUCAUUGUGGAGAGCCCUGACCCUGGCACAGGUGGCUGUGUUCCCAACACUGUGCCCUGCCGUAGACAGAGCAACCACACCUUCAGCAGCGGGGAUAUAACCCCCUACACCAAGCUCUGUUGUAAGGGCUUCUGCAUCGACAUCCUCAAGAAGCUGGCCAAGGUGGUCAAGUUCUCCUACGACUUGUACCUGGUGACCAACGGCAAGCACGGCAAGAGGGUUCGUGGUGUGUGGAAUGGUAUGAUCGGUGAGGUAUACUACAAGCGGGCAGACAUGGCCAUCGGCUCCCUCACCAUCAAUGAAGAGCGCUCAGAGAUUAUAGACUUCUCUGUGCCUUUUGUGGAGACCGGCAUCAGUGUGAUGGUGGCAAGGAGCAACGGCACCGUCUCCCCCUCGGCUUUUCUGGAGCCCUACAGCCCUGCCGUGUGGGUGAUGAUGUUUGUAAUGUGCCUCACGGUGGUUGCCAUCACUGUCUUCAUGUUCGAGUAUUUCAGCCCUGUCAGCUACAACCAGAAUCUCACCAAGGGCAAGAAGUCAGGUGGACCAUCCUUCACCAUUGGCAAGUCCGUGUGGUUGCUGUGGGCACUGGUCUUCAACAACUCUGUUCCCAUCGAGAACCCCCGGGGCACCACCAGCAAGAUCAUGGUCCUGGUGUGGGCCUUCUUCGCUGUCAUCUUCCUCGCUAGCUACACGGCCAAUCUGGCAGCCUUCAUGAUCCAGGAACAAUACAUCGACACUGUGUCGGGCCUUAGUGACAAGAAGUUUCAGCGGCCUCAAGACCAAUACCCACCCUUCCGUUUUGGCACGGUACCUAAUGGCAGCACAGAGAGGAACAUUCGUAGCAACUAUCGUGACAUGCACACUCACAUGGUCAAGUUCAACCAGCGCUCGGUGGAGGAUGCUCUCACAAGCCUGAAGAUGGGGGCACGGCAUGUCUCUAGGAAGCUGGACGCCUUCAUCUAUGAUGCCGCCGUCCUCAACUACAUGGCGGGCAAGGACGAAGGCUGCAAGCUGGUCACCAUUGGGUCUGGCAAAGUCUUUGCCACCACUGGCUAUGGCAUUGCCAUGCAGAAAGACUCCCACUGGAAGCGGGCCAUAGACCUGGCGCUCCUGCAGUUCCUGGGGGAUGGGGAGACACAGAAGUUGGAGACAGUGUGGCUCUCAGGGAUCUGCCAUAACGAGAAGAACGAGGUGAUGAGCAGCAAGCUGGACAUUGACAACAUGGCGGGCGUCUUCUACAUGCUGUUGGUGGCCAUGGGGCUGGCCCUUCUGGUCUUUGCCUGGGAGCACCUGGUCUACUGGAAACUUCGACACUCAGUGCCCAGCUCAUCCCAGCUGGACUUCCUGCUGGCUUUCAGCAGGGGCAUCUACAGCUGCUUCAACGGGGUACAGAGCCUUCCGAGCCCUGCGCGGCCGCCCAGCCCGGACCUUACAGCAGGCUCAGCCCAGGCCAAUGUGCUGAAGAUGCUGCAGGCGGCUCGAGACAUGGUGAGCACAGCGGACGUGAGCGGCUCUUUGGACCGCGCCACUCGUACCAUCGAGAACUGGGGCAACAAUCGCCGCGCGCCUGCUCCCACCACCUCCGGCCCGCGGUCAUGCACCCCGGGUCCUCCGGGACAACCGAGUCCCAGCGGCUGGCGGCCUCCCGGUGGGGGCCGCACCCCGCUAGCGCGCCGGGCCCCGCAGCCUCCCGCUCGCCCCGCGACCUGCGCAGGGUCGCCUCAGCCCGACGUGUCCCGAGCAUCCUGCAGGCACGCUUGGGAUGCGCGGUGGCCAGUGCGAGUCGGGCAUCAGGGAUCGCACCUCUCGGCCUCCGAGCGGCGCGCGCUCCCGGAGCGCUCCCUGUUGCACGCGCACUGCCACUACAGUUCCUUCCCUCGAGCAGAGAGGUCAGGGCGCCCAUUUCUCCCGCUAUUCCCGGAGCCCCCGGAGCCCGACGACCUGCCGCUGCUCGGGCCGGAACAGCUGGCUCGGCGGGAGGCUCUGCUGCGCGCGGCCUGGGCCAGGGGCCCGCGCCCUCGGCACGCUUCCCUGCCCAGCUCCGUGGCAGAAGCCUUCACUCGAUCCAACCCUCUGCCUGCCAGGUGUACCGGUCACGCCUGCGCUUGCCCAUGUCCCCAAAGCCGGCCAUCCUGCCGGCACGUGGCUCAAACACAGUCGUUGCGGCUGCCAUCCUACCGGGAGGCCUGUGUGGAGGGCGUGCCAGCAGGGGUGGCCGCCACCUGGCAGCCCAGACAGCAUGUCUGCCUGCACACCCAUACCCACCUGCCGUUCUGCUGGGGGACUGUCUGCCGUCACCCUCCACCCUGUUCCAGCCACAGUCCCUGGCUCAUUGGAACUUGGGAGCCUCCAUCACACAGAGGCAGGACCCUGGGGCUAGGUACAGGCUACAGGGACAGUGGGGUGCUAGAAGAGGUCAGCAGGGAAGCUUGUGGGACACAAGGGUUUCCAAGGUCCUGCACCUGGAGGCGGAUCUCCAGCCUGGAAUCAGAAGUGUGAGGUACCGGCAGCUCUGGUUCCUGCUGGACUGGAUUCUGUGGCUGGUCUUGGCCAAGUUUGGGGGACAGACAAGCUUUGACUCCUCUGCCUUCUUCUUUGAAAUUCUGGCCAUGAGACCCCAGUGAAAAGGAUAUCUUCCAUGGCCAGCUUAUGACCUUAGCAGCUUAGGUCUUGGUGUGGGCUGGGAUCUUGCUCAUCACGUGAAGUCUUGCAGUCCCAGGGAGUAAAAAUGUGUCCCUGUCCUGGCGUCAGCCAUUUCCUAGUUGUGGUUGCUGUGGCCUUGGGUUGGGGACACAAAAUUGGAAACGGAGGUUGAGUGGGGCCAACUCACCUUUUGCUCCAAUUGGUUGGAAUUUCUUUUCAUAGGAACAUUGGGACAUUAAAGCAACGUUUUACAACCCA